AUGAUAUCGGUGCCUUUUCUAUUCUUAUUUCUUCAUUUGGUUAUAAGUGAUCAGCCAAAGUUUGGUGAAAUAAUUUCAACUCGUUCAACAGCUGCAAAAGGUACUCUGCUGUGUGGUCAUCUUCCGGCUACCGAUGUCAAAGUAAAACUAUUCCGGAAAGCAAGCGAUGAUGCCGGGGAAGUUCUGUCAACUAAGCAAACAACAUCAAAUGGACAUUUUGAAAUUGAAGGAAAUACGGUUGAUCGAGCAGAGCAGGACAUUGAGCCAAUGGUUAGAUUCUACCAUCGAUGUGACGAUGAUCUAAAAAAAGAUUUGAAAAAGGUUGGUUAUCGAACAUUCGCCAUAAAUUAUCCGAAGGAAUAUGUGACAAUCGGUAGAGUACCGAGGAAAUCAUUCGAUAUCGGUAAAUUAAAUUUGCAGAUAAUAUAUCCGAAAGAGCGACGUGACACAAAAUUUGUCGAUUAA